AUGGCUGUUUCUUGGUCAAAUGUUAUUACCCUCCUAUGUUUUCCAUUCUCGUUGUUCAUCUUGAGUUCUGCUUCAUCAGAAGCAGAGAUUCUCCUUUCAUUCAAGGAUUCAUUAGAAGAUGUUCUGAAUGUUCUUUCAGAAUGGUCGAAUACCACAACCAUUCCUCACUGUAAUUGGACUGGAAUCACUUGUGCUGCUGAAAAUGUCUACUCCGUUGACCUCCAAAGUUUGAAUCUUUCCGGAGAAAUCUCUUCAUCAAUAUGUCAGCUUUCUAAACUCACAAGCCUUAACCUUGCCGACAAUCUCUUCAAUCAAGCUAUCCCUUUGCACCUGACAGAAUGUGAAUCUUUGGAGUACUUGAAUAUCAGUAAUAAUCUCAUCUGGGGUAACAUCCCAGAUGAUAUUUCUGGGUUUAAGUCGCUGAAAGUUCUUGACAUUAGCAGGAACCAUGUUGAAGGGAAAAUCCCAGAUGGCAUUGGGUCAUUGAAGAAUCUUCAAGUUCUCAAUUUGGCUAAUAACUUCCUUUCAGGUAGUGUUCCAGAGGUUUUAGGAGGCUGCAGUGAGCUUUUGGUUCUGGACAUUUCUCAGAAUCCUUUCUUGCUUAGUGAAAUUCCAGGUGAUAUUGGUAAACUGGAUAAGCUUGAGCAGCUUUUGCUUCAAAGUUCUGGUUUGUACGAGGAAAUUCCGGAUGUUUUUGAGGGUUUAGGAAGCUUGUCCAUUCUGGACUUGUCUCAAAACAAUCUCACUGGAAGGCUGCCUCCAUUUGGUAAGUUUAUGCAAAACUUGGUUUCCUUUGAUGUUUCUCAAAAUAGACUUUCUGGACCAAUCCCAGAUGGAAUGUGUGAGCCUAAAGGCCUUACAAAUAUGGUUUUGCAUACAAAUUCUUUCAAUGGAACCAUUUCUAAUGACAUUAUUAAGGAAUGUGACAAUCUAGAGAGGUUUCAGGUUCAGAACAACAUGUUUACUGGGGAAUUUCCUUCUAGGUUAUGGUCUUUGCCUAAAAUAAUGCUAAUCAGAGCUGAAAACAACAAUUUUUCCGGAGAAAUACCUGAUGCAAUAUCAAAGGCUGUGCAGUUGGAGCAAGUUCAGAUUGAUAACAAUAGCUUUGUCAGUAAAGUUCCACAAGGUUUUGGAUCGAUAAGGAGCUUGUACAGGUUUUCUGCUUCUCAGAAUCGGAUAUAUGGCGAACUUCCUCCGAAUUUCUGUGAUUCUCCUGUGAUGAGUAUCAUUAAUUUCUCCCACAACCAUCUUUCGGGAAGUAUUCCUGAAAUUAGAAAUUGUAAGAAGUUAGUAUCGUUGGCUCUGGCUGAUAACAAUUUCGUUGGCGAAAUCCCAAGUUCACUAGCUGAUUUGCCUGUACUAACUUAUCUGGAUCUUUCUGAGAAUAAUCUCACUGGUUCAAUACCAGAGAACCUUCAAAACUUGAAGCUUGCGCUUUUCAAUGUAAGUUUCAAUAGGCUCUCAGGUAGAGUUCCUGUUUCAUUGAUUUCUGGCCUGCCUGCUUCAUUUUUACAAGGUAAUCCUGAUCUUUGUGGCCCUGGAUUGCCCAAUGCAUGCUCAAGAAAGCACAAGAUGUCUAGUCUUUCCAAAUUUGUUGUUGCCAUUAUCAUAAUUGUUGUGGUUGUCGUAGCUGCUGCAGCUUUUAGAGCACACUUCAUAGGGCAAUCCAACCACCAAAAAUCUCUGACGGGUACGUGGAAGUUGUUUUUCUUUUAUCCUUUGAGGAUUGCUGAGCAUGAAUUGUUGAUGGCAAUGGAUGAAAAGGCUGCCAAAAGAAUCAAUGGAGCUUUUGGAGAAGUUUAUAUUAUUAGAUUACCAAGUGGUGAGAGUGUUGCAAUAAAGAAGAUGGAGAAUUUCGGAAGCCUAUCUUUAAAAUCCUUGAAGGAAGAGGUAAAAAACUUGGCCAAGAUCAGGCAUAGAAACAUUGUUAGGAUCUUAGGCUUCUGUCAUAGUAAUGAUUCCAUCUUGUUAAUAUAUGAGCAUCUUGAUAGAGGCAGUCUUGGUGAUCUCAUUGGAAAAUCUGAUUUCGACUUACCUUGGAGAGUUAGAAUGAAGAUAGCUAUUGGAGUUGCGCAAGGGUUGGCUUAUCUUCAUGAGGAUUACCUUCAGGUCUUGCUUCAUAGAAAGAUCAAGUCGACAAAUAUUCUUCUUGAUGCUGAUUAUGAACCAAAGCUCACAGACUUCGCUCUCGACAGGAUUGUAGGAGAAAAUGCAUUUCGAUUAUCCUUGGUAUCAGAAUCUGAGACUUCUCCUUACUUUCCACCAGAAUAUGGAUAUGCGAAAAAGGCAACAUUAGAGAUGGAAACAUACAGCUAUGGAGUUAUUCUGUUGGAGCUUGUGACAGGAAGACAAGCUGUGCAGCCUUCCUCAUCAGUAGAAGACUCCCACAAUGUUGUGAAGUGGGUAAGAAGAAAGAUCAACAUUAAAGAUGGCGCGCAACAAGUUCUCGACCGGAAGAUCCCUCAUGAAUACCAUCAAGAAAUGCUGUCGGUUCUUGACAUUGCAGUGAAAUGCACCAAUGUAAUGCCAGAGAAACGCCCGUCCAUGUCCGAGAUUGUGAGAGCCCUCAACUCCAUCAACUCAUCGAGGACUAAUGUAUCGUUCAAAGCAGUUUCAAUGCCUUUGGGCGAAAGUUCUGCUUCGCUGUGA